UGGAAAUGGGUUUUGUGUGAUAAUUUCACGCAAAACCCAGUGGAAUUGUAUGUCAGUUCCGGGAGAGGGGAGGCAAGAAGGGAGGGAGAGAAAACAAAUCGAGUAACCAUGGAAAAAAUAUUUUAAAAUAAAUAAAAAAAUAAAGUUCUUCGCAAUCUGGAAAAAAAAAAAAAAGUAGCAGUUGAGGCGCAUGCUCAGUUCCCCAGGCUUGAGCCACUCCUGGAUCUUCCUUGGGGCCAGGCGGUUUAGCAGUCGCCUCCUUUGCCCCGGCCUCGAGCCCCGGCAGGCUAUGGCCACCUACAAGCUCGUGCUGAUCCGGCACGGCCAGAGCUUCUGGAACCUGGAGAACCGCUUCAGUGGCUGGUAUGACGUGGACCUGAGCCCUGCUGGGUACCUGGAGGCCCAGCGUUGCGGCCAGGAGCUGCGAGAUGCCGGCUUUGUGUUUGACAUCUGCUUCACCUCCAUCCAGAAGAGAGCGAUCCGGACCCUGUGGAUAAUGCUAGACGUCAUGGACCAGAUGUGGCUGCCCGUAGUGAGGACUUGGCGCCUCAAUGAGCGGCAUCACGGAGAGCUGACCGGCUUAAACAAGGCAGAGCUGGCCGCCAAGCACGGGGAGGCUCAGGUGAAGAUGUGGCGACGGUCUUACAACACCCCACCGCCUCCGAUGGCGAUCAGCCACCCCUUCUACAGUAGUAUCACCAAGGACCGCCGCUAUGCGGAUCUUACUGAGGGUCAAGUGCCUUCCUGCGAGAGCAUCAAAGACUCCACUGCUCGGGGUCUACCCUUCUGGAAUGAGGAGAUCUUCCCCCGGAUCAAGGAAGGAAAGCGUGUUCUGGUGGUCGCCCAUUGCAUUUGUCUUGGAGGGAUGGUCAAAUACCUUGAGGGUCUGUCUGAAGAAGCAGCUAUGGAACUGAAUCUGCCUAAUUGCAUUCCUAUCGUGUAUGAGCUGGAUGAGAAUAUGAAACCUGUCAAGCCCAUGCAGUUCCUCGGGGACGAAGAGACCCUGCGCAAAGCCAUUGAGGCUGUGGCUGCCCAAGGCAAGGCGCAGAAGUGAAAGCAGGCUACCAGUAAGCAGUGUGCCAGCAGGAGCCAUGUCCUUCCCUUCUCACCAUCCCCGCCAUAUCUAUGCCUUGCCUGCUCCACACACCGACCAUUGCCUUAGGGAGCAACACACAGCUGCACGGAGGGGGACUGAUGAUUCCUUUUUCUCAUUUCUUCACCUUUUCAAACGAAUUCCUUUCUCUCCAUUUGCCCCUUGCCUCAACCACAUUAGGAAAAAUGCCUGCUGUGUGGUUUGGCAGAGUUCGGAUCUGUUUGGGAAUUAGGGAUGAAA